AUGGGUCUUAAGAAAAGGACUCCGAUUGAUGUUGGCGACGCCCUCGUUGCCUCAAAGCCGGCACCGAAGAAGAAAAGGAUCGAGUCUCCAAGGCUGAGAGAUUCUCUCUCUUCUUCUCCUCGAAGUUAUCCCAUCGCGGCUUCAUCGCAGGCGAAGGCCUCGUCUUCUGCUGCCGAGAAGACUCCAGAGAUGGUGAUUGUCAUCAACUCUCCUCCUGCCACAGACCAGGACGAGGAGGUGUUUCGUCAAGACGAGGGCGCGUCACGUCAAGACGACGAUCUGGCCAGUCCUCCUCGUCGUGGUGAGGGUGGAUCGUCUCGGCGUCCCGGCGAGGGUCUCGUCGACGAUGAUGAGGGCAUGUCUCGUCAGUUGGAGAUAGGUGGUUCUCUUCCUGAGGCCAAUCCUGAUGCUAAGGACAAUCCUGAGGUGCCAAAGGCCGAGCUCCAGAGUUGCAAUCCUCAUGCGGUGGAGACGUGGUGGCGUGGUGAUGCUCCUCUUAUGGAGAAUCAGCUCACCUUGAAGGACGACUUUGAUGAAGCGUCUCAGCAUCACGUCAAGUCUGGCGGGAAAUUCGCCACGCUGAUCCAGAAGUAUGAGACGGCUCUCCGAGCGGUUAAGGAUGAGGUCUUGAGGAUGCAGCGGGAGCAGGAAAAAGCUAAGGACGUCAACGCGAUGGUGGCUGAUCUGAAGCUCGAGAAGCUAGGUCUUGAGGGGAAGGUCGCGACGCUGAACCGCGAGAUCGUGAAGUCUCUUGGUCUUCAGGACAUGGCGGACAGGGUGAGGGCUCAGGUCGCCGACCUUGAAGAGAAGUCACGCCGGGAUGCUGAGGCUGCUGCUGCCGAAGUGGAACGUCUUCGUCAGAGUCGUCAGGAGAGGGUUGAGGUGGCAGCUAUCCAAGUGUACAACUCUGUCAACGAAUGGUCGACUUCUCGACUUCGUGAAGAAGAUCAGGGAGUUGAUCUGGACUUCGACGCGGUAAAGGAGAAGCUUGAGGCCAAGCUGGCGGAAAGUGUCGCGGGUGGAGACUCGAUUGAUGAGGUCGUCAUCGGUGAUGAUGACUUUGCGAAGCCUCGCAGCUUUUCUGUUGCGAGCUGA